AUGCCCUACAACAUUGCGUACGUUCUGGAUCCAGACCCUGCAUCAUGUCAAGAGCUCACGCGCAACAGCAUGGUUAGCGACAACUUCUACCCCCAACCCGAUCGUGGACACAAGGUCAUCGUCAUCACACAUGCGUACAACGGUCGGAAAGGCGUCCGAUAUCUGACCAACGGUCUCAAGGUCUACUACGUCCCAUUCUGGGUUAUAUACCGCGAGACCACCUUCCCCACCGUCUUCUCCUUCUUUCCCAUCUUCCGCAAUAUUGUCAUUCGCGAGCGCAUUGGAAUCGUACAUGGACACGCCAGCCUGAGUAGUCUGUGCCAUGAGGCCAUAUUGCAUGCACGGACCAUGGGAUUGAGAACUGUCUUCACAGACCAUAGCCUGUUUGGCUUUGCGGAUGCUGGGAGUAUCCUUACCAACAAGCUCCUCAAAUUCACGUUGAGCGAUGUCGACCAUGUCAUAUGCGUCAGUCACACUUGCAAAGAAAACACCGUACUUCGAGCCUCACUGGACCCUCUCAUGGUUUCCGUCAUCCCCAAUGCGGUCGUUGCAGAGAACUUCCGUCCUCUAUCGCACGAUGUGGUCGAUGCUAGACACAUGAAAGCACCGGGACCGCGACAGCCCAUGGACCCGGAUGAGACCAUAACCGUCAUUGUGAUUCAGCGACUCUACUAUAACAAAGGCACAGACCUCUUGGUUGCCGCUAUACCCCACAUUGUGGCCGCAAACCCUAACGUACGCUUCAUUAUCGCUGGUAAUGGACCCAAGGCUAUCGAUCUCGAGCAGAUGAUCGAGCGCAAUGUGUUACAAGACAAGGUUCUCAUGAUUGGCCCAGUCCGUCAUGAGGAAGUCCGAGACGUCAUGGUUCGUGGCCACAUCUAUCUAUGCCCUUCACUGACGGAGGCGUUUGGUACGGUCAUCGUGGAAGCUGCUUCCUGCGGUCUGUAUGUUGUGGCAACUCGAGUCGGUGGCAUUCCCGAGGUGCUGCCUACGCACAUGGUAGAGUUUGCGGCGCCUGAAGAGGACGAGCUUGUUGAAGCUACUGGUCGUGCUAUCGCCAAACUGAGAGCCGGUAAAGUCCGGACCGAACUGUUUCAUAACCAGGUAAAGCAGAUGUACUCCUGGACCGAUAUAGCUCAACGAACGGAGAGGGUGUAUGAUGGCAUCAGUGGCGUCAUCAGUCAUAGUGAUUUUAAUCAAGGUGCAGGCGCAGCUGGCGCUUGGAGCGCCACCCGUGGUCGCGCGGGCGUGCAAAGCUUUGCUCUUAUUGAGAGGUUGAAGAGAUAUUUCGGCUGCGGGAUUUGGGCGGGCAAGCUCUUUUGUAUUUGUGUCAUCGUCGACUACUUGAUCUACCUCCUCUUGGAAAUGUUUGCACCCAGAUCACGGAUUGACAUCUGUAAGGAUUGGCCUAAGAAGAUCUCCCAGGCAAAACAAGAGUCGGGAAAAAGGCUUGUGGUUGACAUGGACGCCGAUAAAGGGACACUGCUCAGGAAGAGAAGUUCCAGGUAUCGAAAGUCGAAAAGAGAACAGCUGGAAGACAGUUGA